CAUCUGCAUCAUUUCGCACUUGUUCUUUGUAAAUAAGCAGUCGAUUAAUAAUUUUCCUCGUUAUUAAAAUUUGUGAAAAAAUAUAACGUAAAAAUGUGGAAGAUCUUCACGUUUAUUUUGCUUCUCUGCGCAGCAACAACUUUAGCUUUUCCUUCGAUUCAAGCAGAAACAUACGAAGGCCCCAUGUUGAACAGAUUGAAUAGAGCUGCUGAUCAUUACGGAGGUGGACAUGAUGGACAUGGCGGUGGAUAUGGCGGUAGUAGUGGACAUGGCGGUGGAUAUGGCGGUAGUAAUGGACAUGGCGGUGGACAUGGCGGUGGACAUGGCGGUGGAUAUGGCGGUGGAUAUGGCGGUGGACAUGGCGGUGGACAUGGGUAAAUAAACUGCGAACGUUUAUAUAGACAGCUUAUACAAAAAAAUGCUAUGACAAAACUUUCAAAAAUAUGUAGAAUAACUAGUAACCCGUCCAAUAUUAUAAUAACUAUAUUUUGUUAUAAAGAUUAUUUUGAAAUAAAACAAGAUAUUUACCAA